AUGAUUCCUGCAUCUCUCCAGUCUCACUCUGAUGUCAGCCAACCCAAGGACUUCACUCGUGUCCUGCCAAGCCAGCUGUCCAUGUACAUCCUGGGGCUUUUGGAUCAAAAAUCCCUACAGGCCUGUUCUGCUGUGAAUGGUCGCUGGGAAUUCCUGGUCACGCAACUCCGGGAGGAGCAGCGGUGUCGGAGCACAGUACAGAAGAACCUUCUGCAGCUGCAGGAGUUGUGUCCUAGAAAAGUCAUUCCAAACUAUGCCAAAAGAGUCAAUGUGCAAAUUCCCGAGUUAAAUGAUGAGGGUGAGGUCAUUGAAGUGAAGGAAAAGGAACAGAACAAGAGACGUAAAUCGAAGACGGAGGAUUUCAGUCUGCAUGAAGCCUAUCAGGAACUGAAAACUCUCAAGAUUGAGCUGGAAGAGAGGAAUGUCUUCUGUGGCCCCUACAAGAUCCAUGUCCUCAUGGAACAAUCAGACAGCACAAGGAGAACCCAUUACAGUGGAGGGGACUGGGUGGCCACUGCCUCUGCUAACAGAAGAGUGAGGCUGCUGCGUGUGCCAGGAGGGAAGGAAGUGCCCCUGCUGCUGCAUGGCCAGGCUGGCCCCAUCAGAGCUCUGUGCCUCUGUAAGGACCAGGGGCUCCUGCUCAGCAGCACCAGCUUUGACUUCAGCAUCAGGGGCUGGAAUAUUCACAGUGGUGCCUGCGUGAGAACCUUCACUGGUCACUAUGCAACAAUCACCUGCCUACAUUGCCACGAGGAGCACUUUGUGUCAGGAGCUGGAGAUGGGAUGGUGAAAGUGUGGAGCCUGAAGAGUGGGAAAUGUUUCAGGACUCUGAUGCACAGCAGCCCUGUGUUGGCAGUGAGGCUGGACGGGACCCACGUGGUCAGUGGGGGUCACCGAGGGCUGGUGAAGGUCUGGAGUGCUGAGACAGGGGCUCUGAUCAAGACAUUAGAGAGGCACCAAGGCCCAGUUCUUUGUUUGUCCUUUGACCAGUGGCACCUCGUCACAGGGAGCAGUGAUGGAUAUGCCCUGGGAUGGAGCAUGUUGGGAAAUUGUAGGAGAUGCCUGAUGGCUUUCUACCAUCCCAAAGAAGUCCUGUCCCUGGAGUUCCUGUACCUCAGAGUCAUCAGUGGCUGCGCUGAUGGACACAUUCGGAUAUUCAACUUCCUGACUGGAAUCUGCCUCAAAGUGUUGGAGCCCAGCAGCAGCGGGGACCCCGUGUCUGCUCUCUAUGUUGCAGGAAACAGGGUGGUCACCAACUCCCCCAGCAGGCUGCUGCUGCUCCAGUUUGAGGAUGUGGUGUGGGACUAUUCCCUACCUGCUGACAGAGAGGUGCUGAAGAAGGAGAAGAGGUCUCAGAAGGGGAAGAACCAGGGUGCCAGUGCAGAGCAGCAGCAAGCUCAGGACAAGUCCUCGAGAUCUCACCAGCCACCAAAGAGCCAUGGAAGAUCCAAAAGUGGUAAAGCUGAACAGGGCCCUGCUCCCCCUGCACCUCAGGAGGCAGAAGCCACUUUGGAGCAUGAGCUGCCCCAGAGAGACUCAAGCUGUCCAAUGUCCCCUGACAAGUUCUUCUUAACAAUCAGCACCCUGCAGAGCUCCUGCAAGCCAGCCCCAGUCAGCCCAAGUCCUGAGCUCUCUGCAAAAGCCAGGGAAGCAGAGCAGCCACACCUUGGGAAGGUGCCAAUGUCCAAAACGCCCCUGCAGCACAAGAGGGAGCAGGCAGCCCAGCUCCAGCGUGCCAGGCUGCACAGCAACUCUCUGACCAUGACCAAAACCUCUACACCCUUUGAAACCAAAAUGCUGCUGCUCAGGCUGAAGAACUCUUUGCACAGCCCCACUGUGAAAUCCUCCAUCCCUGCUCCCUGCGUUGUACAUCCCAAGUUCUGUGGCUCGCUGAGAGAAAGGAAAACUCCCAGUGGCCAUGGGAAAGAUGCUCCUGGCCCCAAAGAUGAGGAUCAGUUAAUCGAUCUCUUCACAGCUUCUUCGGAGCUGAUCCAACCACCAACACCUGUCACAGCUGCACAGAUGAGGAAUGAAGAUGCCAGGAGAAUAAAGCCCUUCUGCCUCUCUGGUUCCUGCAGGGACAGUGGGAUCAGGCUCCUGACAGCAGAGCAGGAGGUGCAUGAGGCAGCUGUGGCAGCUCAGCAUCAGGCACAGCAGGCAAAGCCCACGGAAGAUAAAGAAAGAGCCAGAAGGAAAGCCUGGCUAAGGAAAGUUAAAGGCCUACCUGUGGAUUCUUUUACUGGGGAGAGGAAAACACCUGCUCCAGAGCUUGGACAUAACACAUUUAUCUGA